GCCAUUGAUAGCCAUUCGUAAUCAUGGACUUGACUCUAAAAAUCACUCCGUUCUUGGACAAGCACUUGAUACUUCCUCUGAUCGAGUUUCAGGAAAAACGACAGAUCUACAACAAAAAAGAUUUGCUCAAGUCGAAGCAUCAACUUUUGUCCACUACAAAGAUGAUGGAUUUUACAAACACAGUUUACAAGGAGCUACAGGGCACAAAAAAGAAUGAGCCUGGCUAUGACAAGCGUCGUGAACAUGUGCUUGCUACGCUGGACGAUCUGGAAAAACAGGUCAAUCCUUGCAUGAACAUCAUUCAGGAUCCCACUUUUGUUCAGCAGAUGAAACAGGACAAGGUUGCCAAUCUGACUCUGCUAAAGGACAAGUACAAGUUUAAACCAGAAAUGUUGGAUGUUCUUUACAAAUACGCUCUUUUUCAAUACGAUGCUGGUCAAUACGUAAUUGCUUCUGAUUAUCUGUAUCACUUUAUGGCUCUGAGCAUCAAUCACGAUAAAAACAACUCUGCGCUAUGGGGUAAACUGGCUGCAGACAUCAUGGCUCGUAACUGGGAUGGUGCAUACGGUGAGCUGAUCUCCCUCCGUGAAACUAUUGACCAAUCUUCUUUUCCCGUGCCCAGUGACAACAAUGCCACGAGCAACCAUGUCCAGCUUCAGCAACGCAUGUGGCUUCUUCAUUGGUCUCUUUUCGUCUUUUUCAAUCAUCCUCGUGGCAAAGAUGGUCUCAUUGAUCUUUUUUUCCUUCCAGCAUACCUUAAUGCAAUUCAAACCUCUUGUCCUUGGCUUCUCCGCUAUCUUGCUGCUGCAGUCAUUAUCAACAAGCGUCGUCACAACCACCUUAAAGAUCUAGUGGAAAUCAUCAAGCAGGAAUCUCACGCUUACAGCGAUCCCAUCACCGAGUUUCUCAUUUCACUCUAUGCAAACUUUGACUUUGACGGAGCUCAGCAAAAAUUGGCCGAGUGUGAAGCAGUUUUCUCAAAUGACUUUUUCCUUGUGCACUUUUUAAGCGAGUUUAGGGAAUCCGCCAGACUGUUUAUUUUUGAAAUGUAUUGUCGCAUCCAUCAGCAUAUUGAUAUCCGAGCAUUGUGUGAUAAACUUAAUAUGGAUAGUGUCGAAGGUGAAAAGUGGAUUGUAAAUCUGAUUCGUGAUGCACGUAUGCAUGCCAAGAUUGACUCGGAAAGCAAUACCGUGAUCAUGGGUGUUCAGUACCAAUCGGUGCAUCAACAGGUCAUGGAGCGUACAAAGGCAUUAAGCUUUAGAUCAUCAUUGCUUGCAUUCAAUAUUGAGAAGCGCGAGACUGAGCUUCAUCAACGUCGUCUUGGUCACGCUCCAACCACCACUCCAGCCUCUGGUGGUGGUCGCAAAUCAAAAAAAUGAAGUGGAUGUUGAUAUUUUGGUCGAGUAUAUGCAAUUGGAAAUCCAACAAAAUGAAACCACUUACUAGGACUU